UUAUUUCCUCCUUCCUCCAUUAUUGCUUCCUAAAACCCUAAAAAUGGAACAUCCUUUCUUCAUCAAUAGCCCUCCCCCGACAAACCCAUCUGAAGCAUUACGGUGGCUAUCAAUCGCCGAAAAACUCCUCACAAAUCGUGACCUAGUCGGCAGCAAAUCAUUUGCGACCCGUGCCCGUGAAUCCGACCCGACAUUAUCACACGCUACCGACCAAAUACUCGGUAUCAUCGACACCUUAAUCGCCGGCGCCAAACGGAUAAACAACCACUACUUUGAUUACUACUCUAUCCUCCAAAUACCUCCUAAUCAAACCCAAGAUUUCGAAUUCAUCGCCGAUCAGUAUCGCCGAUUUGCUCUUCUUUUGAAUCCUCAGAACAACAAUUUUCCGUUUUCAGAUCAGGCUUUUCGCCUUGUUGUUGAUGCAUUUUCAGUUCUUUCUAACCCACUGAGGAAAAGUAUGUAUGAUAAAGAGCUGGGUUUCUUCGUUAAUCUUUACCCAGUUGCUUCUACACCUACUCCAGUGAGUUUUGUGCAACAUGGUGGAUAUUCUGAAAUACCUGGUUCAACUGCAGACCAAGUGUUUGUGAAUUUGCCUAGUCAAGAUCAAGGGUCACAUGCUACUGGAGUUAGAGACCCACACGCUGGAUUUUCUAUGCCAGUCACAUUUCUGAAUCGUGAACAAGAAUCUGUGACUUCUAUGGCUAGCUCGGGUACAGAGCAACAACAUCAGCUGCAACAACCUGCAACAUUUCUGAGACAACAGACACAACCAGUGAGCUCUGUUUCAUUUUCAAACACAGAUGACCAACCUGUGACAUUCUUCAAUUUAAACCAACCACAGCCUGUAACUUCCGAGAGAAGCUUAAACAGAGAAAACACACCAUUUGGCAAUGGGUUGAGCUCGACCCGAGGGCGAGAGCCAGUGGUUUCUGUAGAGCAGCAUGGUAAUCAACAGCGCCCCGAUAGAAAUGAGAAUGUGGUGGGGAACAAUGAAAACAGGUCUGCUAAUACUAGUGAUAAUGCGAGUAAUGUGAAGGAGAAAGAAGGGAAUGCAAAUGAUGCAUCAAAUAAGAUACCGAGCUUCUGGACUGCAUGUCCUUAUUGUUAUGUUAUGUAUGAGUACCCUUUGGAUUAUGUUGAUUGUACAUUUUCGUGUCGAAAUUGUAAGAGGGCUUUUCAAGCUGUGAGAAUUGCAUCCCCUCCACCAAUUAUUGAUGGAAAAGAAGCUUAUUUCUGUAGUUGGGGAUUUAUGCCUUUAGGAUUUUCCAUGGAGAAUUUUAAGAAUAGUGGAGAUAAUGUAUCUAGCUGGUCUCCGUUUUCGCCCAUGUUUACUUGUCCUGAGCUGGGGCGAAUCUGAAUAAUCAUGUUGCUAGAGGAAAGAAUGAUGAUGAUGUUAUGUUUGUUGAGAUAUGGAAGGCCAUUUCUGGAGAUACUACUCUUAAGGUAAAUUCUUGAGGAAGUUUACCAAGAGGAGAAGAAGAAGGAAGAGAGAAUCAAGCCCUUCAUUUCCAAAAUUUUCCUUUCCAUUCUUUUAUCGUGAUGAUAUGUUGUAGUAAUUUUCUUAUUAAGUAAACUUUGUGAUUUGCGUAGAUGAUGAAACUAAUUUGUAACUUGAUUUUGCAAACUAAUCUGUAACUUGAUUCUGCUGACUUUGAUA